AUGAAGUUGAAUAUUUCUUACCCGGCCACUGGUGCCCAAAAACUCAUCGAUAUCGAAGAUGAACACAAGAUUCGUGUCUUCUACGACAAGCGUAUGUCUGCUGAAGUCGAUGGUGCUGCUAUUGGUGAUGAAUUCAAGGGUUACAUUUUCAAGAUUACUGGUGGUAACGAUAAGCAAGGUUUCCCAAUGAAGCAAGGUCUCCUUACCAACCACCGUGUUCGUCUUCUUCUCUCUAAGGGUCACUCCUGCUAUCGUCCACGUCGUGUUGGUGAACGUAAGAGAAAGUCUGUUCGUGGUUGUAUCGUUGGUAAUGAUAUUGCUGUCCUUUCUCUUGCCAUCGUUAAGCAAGGUGAACAAGAUAUUCCAGGUCUCACUGACCGCUCUUGCCCAAAGAGAUUAGGUCCAAAGAGAGCCUCUAACAUCCGUAAGAUGUUUAACCUCUCUAAGGAAGAUGAUGUUCGUCAAUAUGUCAUUCGUCGUGAAGUUACUGCUAAGAAUGGUAAAAAGUACACUAAGGCUCCAAAGAUCCAAAGACUUGUUACUCCAGUCACUCUUCAACGUAAGAGACACCUUUUGGCUCUUAAGCGUAAGAAUGCUGAAGCUUCCCGUGAAGCCGCUGAACAAUACGCUAAGUUAUUAGCUCAACGUGUUAAGGAAAGAAAUGCCCAAAAGCAUGAACAACACAUUAAGCGUCGUCUCAGCUCUAAG